UGCACAUGGGCUGGGGACGCCCUGGUGCUGACGGCCGGAACCUCUGCAAAAGUUCUUGGAUCGCAAGGUUCAAUUCUUACACAGUCUUUGCACAAUGGAUUGUGAAUAGUUGGAGGUUGAAUCCUAGCAAACGGGCGGUUAUAAUUAUUGAUGCAGGCUUCUCUGCCGCGUAUUUUUUUUCUGAUUUCGCCCUGCUUAUAAAUAACAUACUCAUGCUGAAAUAAAUUGGCAGGCGAGGAGGGGCUGGCGUUUACGCAUCGAUGCAAAUUGCUCCUGCUCUUUUACCACCAUGGCCAACAGAAAAGGUCGGGCUCACAGAAGAAGAACGCGUAGAGUGCGCCGCCAGUGCGAGGAGGACGCUGGAGUCAACAUCAGUCACGAGUCGGUGUACGUGCAGCUGAGAAAAUGGUUGAAAAGAAAGGGCUUCACAGACUUCCACUUGGUACCAGCAAGCUUUCCAGGCACUGGCAGAGGACUGAUGACCACCAAAGCUCUUCAGCCUGGAGAACUUGUUAUUGCUUUACCUGAGGAAUGUCUGCUCACCACCAGAACGGUCCUCGGGAGUUAUCUGGGUGAAUACAUUGAGAGAUGGAAACCACGUUUGUCUCCUCUCCAAGCCCUGUGUACGUUCCUCAUCGCCGAGAGACAUUUUGGGAGCCGGUCUCCCUGGAAACCUUACAUCGAUGUCUUACCAAAGUCGUACACCUGCCCAGUUUAUUUUGCAGAGGGUUCAAUAAGACUGCUUCCUGGACCUCUGAUUAAAAGGUUUCGGGAGCAAAAAAAAGUGGUCCAAGAACUCUACCUUACUUCCAAAUGCUUCUUCAAUUCUUUGCAGCCCUUGUUUUCUGAAAGCGUAGAGAAUAUUUUUACGUUCGACGCCCUAUGUUGGGCCUGGUGCAGCGUCAAUACCAGGACAAUUUAUAUGAAGCACGAGCAGAGCAAGUUCUUUUCCAGAGAGCCCGAUGUCUAUGCUUUGGCACCAUACUUAGACCUGCUGAACCACACACCUGCUGCUCAGGUAUCAGCUGCCUUCAACCAGCGAAGUAAAUGUUACGAGAUCAGAACGUUAACAAAAUGCAGGAGAUACGAGCAGGUUUUUAUCUGCUACGGUCCGCAUGACAACCAGCGGCUCCUCUUGGAGUACGGAUUUGUGGCCGGCAGUAACCCACACAGUGUGGUUUAUGUUGACAAAGAUAUUCUUUGCAAUCACCUUUCCCCAAAGGACAAACUGCUGAAUGGAAAGCUGUUAUUCCUGCAGGACCAAGGUCUCUUGGAAAACUUGACUUUUGGAUGUGAUGGACCUUCUUGGCGGCUUCUGACUGCUCUUAAAGUGUUUUGUCUCAGGGCAGAACAAUAUUCACUGAGAAAGAACAUUUCGCUUGGAAUGUAUGUAUCUGAUGAAAAUGAGAGGAGCAGUUUAGAGCUCGCAGAAAGACUCUGUCUCCACCUUAUGAACGAAAACCAGAAGGUGAUGCAACAAUUUUCCAAACAAUCAUAUGAUAGAGCUGAGAUCUCAGAGCAGCUGGAGUUGGUGGCAGCCCUGCGGAGAGAGGAACUUGGGAUACUCCAAGCGUCGGUGGGAGUUCUACAAAAUAUGAAGGCUGCUACUCCCAGCUAACAAUCAGAAUGCACAGUGCUGGCAGUCCUCCCUGUUGUUGGUUUGGAUUUGGACAGCAGGAUUGAACAGCUUUUUGGACCUGGGAUAAACACAUUUGUUGUGCAUUGUGAAUCAGUUUAUAGUUUUAUUUUAGGAGAUUGAUGCUAUAAAUGCUAAUGCUUUUGGGGCUCAGAGACUGGAAAAGAUGAUAUCCCAAACCCUGUUCAUUGCAACUCAAAAACUGAAUGCCCUGCUGCCUCAGGGAAGUCAUAAUGAGAAGUCCGGACCCUUAGCACAAGGAAGGGUGGAAAAUCCAAGGGAGCGGUUGAUGCACAGUGGUCUGGUGCAGUUGCUAUUGGAUACACAGGCUGCUGUUGUGGUUUGAUUACAUUGGAACAAGUGCUAGUGGAUGUUGCUUUGCACUUGCGGUUAAAUCCAUUACUGACUAGUCCCUUCCAUCUACUUAAUAAUUACUUCUAGAGGAAUGUUCCACUUAGUGACAAUCACCAUUUUGUUGAAAGAUGGGCUUCAAAUGCUGGUUCCUACUGUUGAUUAUCAUCUUUUUUAUAAAAAAACAAAAUCUAUUGUACCCAUAGGAGUGAAUCAUUUACUGGUAAUGCCACUAUGAUGUACAUAAUUCGUGUUUCCUUCCUUUCGAUGUGUCAUUAGCAGGUUUAUGCAUGUCCAAAAUAAUGAGCUGCGUAACACUGCUGGCUUAUGUGCAGGAUGACAGGACUACUCUGUGAUAAGUGUGGGAAAGUUAUGCAUUUAGAUUGACCGUACAGAACUCAAGCUACAGUUUAAAGGCACAUUUUGAAUUCUAUUACAUCCAUUUCUAGGUAUGCACAGAUAUACUACAAUACAUCCACAUUAGAUAAUGCAGGAAAUACUCGUGUCAGUGAUGCUACUCGUAAAGGAGAAGCUCCUCUGUACUGCCUGCAGAGAUGGUGAAGGCAGAUUCAAUAACCAUAACAAAAGCAAGUUUCAUCCACCCAUACGACAAGCUGAUUAAAAAAAAAAAUGGGUAUAGCACAGAAGUAGCCUUUUGACCCAUUGUAUCCAUGCCAGCUCUGUACCAGACCUCUUGGGACCAAAGGGAGAGUGCCACAUUACAUCCAAAACUGGAUCAGUAAUGAGGGUAGUGGUUAAUGGUGUGACCAAGGCACAUCUAGAGGAGUUUCACAGGGUUCAAAGGAGGCAUGACAAGUUUGUAGAUGGAAAGAUUUGGCCUUGUGGUUAAGACGAAAGAAUCUUUACACUCGAGGAAGGUAUUAAUGGUCUGAUGAGUUGGGCAGAGAAAAUGUAAAUUGGAAUUUAAUCCAGAGAAGUAGUUGGUAAUAUAUAUGUGAGGUGCAACAAAUCAAGGGAAUAAACAAUAAAUGGGAGGAUAUUGGAUGGAGGAACAGAUGGAUCUUGAAGUAUAGGUGAAUAAAAUGGUUGAAAAGGUACACAGGAUAUUUCCCUUUAUUAACUGUGGCACAGACAUAAGAGCAGGGAGGCUGUGCCAGAAUUUCAUACAAGACUAGUUGGCUGGAGCAUGAGUACUGAUUGUUGUGUUACAGGGAAGAUGUGAUUGCAUGGGAACGCCAGGGCUCGAAAACUGUAGUUAUGAGGAAAGAUGGGAUAAGCCAAGGUUGUUUUCUUUGGAAAAGAGGCUUAAUUGAAGUGCAUAAAUUUAUGAAGGGAUCUAGAUAAAGUUAAAUAGGUCCUUCCUAUUUAGUCCAAAUCUGAUUUUUGACCAGUCUACCUCAAUUGUUGUAGGAAUCAAGAGGGGAGGUGAUGAAAAUGUUUUCACUCAAGGUUUGGUAGGGUUUGGAACUCACUGGCUAAAAGGAUGUUGGAGGCAGAAGUCCUAAACACAGUUAAACAGUAACUGGAUGUGUACCUGAGGAGCUGUGAUCUGCAGGGCCACAAACCUUGUGCAAGAUAAGGUUCGCUUGCUGUUGCACAUUGAACUGAAUGGCUUCUUUUGUAUUGGAAAAUUUUUCUAUCAUUCAAUGAUAUUUGGAAAGAGAAUGAGGGAGAAGAACUAAUUGGUUAGCAGUUUUAAAGAGCUAGAAGAGACCAUGGUUGAAAGCCUUUUUCAAUGUGGUGUGAUUGGACCCACAGUGGGCAAAAGAGGCUUAAUUGAAGUGCAUAUUGAUCACAGUCUUUUUCCCAGGGUAGGGAGAGUCUAAAAUUACAGGGCAUAUAUUUAAGAUGAGAGGGGAAGGAUUUAAAAGGAUUCCUGAGGGGCAACUUUUUCCGCACAGGGUGUGGUGGGCAUGAGGAAUGAGCUGUCCAGGGAAGCUAUAGAGGUGGGUACAAUUAGUUUAAGACAUUUAGGGAUACAGAAGGUUUAGAGGGAUAAGGGCCAAACACCGUCAAAUGGGAUGCAGAAGUCUUGCAAAACCACCAAAAGCAAGACAAUGCCACCCAUCCACCUCCACAUCUCCUAUCUCCCUUGUGGCUGUGUCUGCUGAUCUCACAUGGGUCUUACCAGCCAUCUCAGAAGCCACUGGAAUGGAAGCAUUUCAUCCUCAAUCACAAGAGACUGCCUAAGAAGAGAAAGAGAUACUUUGGUGCUGAUGUGAUUCCAGAUUGUCCAAGCUUUAUGCUGGAAAUCAAAUUUUAGGAUUACUUUUGAUAGGUCAAUGAAGUACCAGUUUCUAAUGUCACUGUGCGACUACAAGUCCCUCUUGCAGGUUGGUGGAGAGUGGGUCAGUGAUCCAAGGUUUCAUGUAGCCAGUAAGUUCACGAGAUUGAGUUCAGUGUGAGGAGGAUUCUGCAAGUGCUUAGCAAUUAGUCACAUUCUUUGAUAUUGUUCUGCUCACCACAAAUGGUCAGAGAGUCAUGGAAUUAACAAACUAAUUUACCGAAUUCUGCAAAUAUCCCCACUUCCCAAUCCAGAAUCUUCAGGAUCAUUCACUGUAGCCACAUUUUUGAUAAUGCCAAGUUAAAUAUUGUACUUUACCAUGAAUUAAAUGUCUCUUUGCCAGAUAUUCAAUGUUAUUUUGAGAAACUAUCCACUGGUGGUAUGUUAAGUUGUUGUGAAAGAAUGCUAAGUUACAGAGAAAUUACUGACCCUCUUCCAACAGUGCUAUUUAGAGAUUUGGCACAGUGAAGCUCUUAGUAGUUGGUAUGGUGUCAUCUGAAAUGUCAUUUUGUACAGAAAACAA